GCCCACCCAGCCCCCGAGGAGAAACGGGCAGGCGGAGCUCUUUGGGGUCCGGAGCUCCAAACAGGCGUCUAGCCACCACCUCAUCACAGACUGCGUCGUGUCGCCGGUUCCGCAGGCACCAUGAGCCAGGACACCGAGGUGGACAUGAAGGAAGUGGAGCUGAACGAGCUGGAACCCGAGAAGCAGCCGAUGAACGCGGCCUCUGGGGCCGCCGUGUCAGCGGUCAUGGCGGGCGGCACUGAGAAGAACGGUCUGGUGAAGAUCAAGGUGGCCGACGACGAAACGGAGGCGGGGACGGCCAAGUUCACGGGUCUGUCUAAAGAAGAGCUGCUGAAGGUGGCGGGGAGCCCCGGCUGGGUGCGCACCCGCUGGGCGCUGCUGCUGCUCUUCUGGCUCGGCUGGCUCGGCAUGCUGGCGGGCGCCGUGGUCAUCAUCGUGCGGGCGCCGCGCUGCCGCGAGCUGCCGGAGCAGAGCUGGUGGCACAAGGGCGCCCUGUACCGCAUCGGCGACCUUCAGGCAUUCCAGGGCCAGGACGCGGGCGACCUAGCUGGCCUGAAGGAGCACCUGCCUUACCUGAGCACCCUCAAGGUGAAGGGCUUAGUGCUGGGCCCAAUUCACAAGAACCAGAAAGAUGACAUCGAUGGGACCAACUUGGGACAGAUCGACCCCACUUUUGGCUCCAAGGAAGAUUUGGACACUCUCCUGCAGUCGGCCAAGAAAAAGGGCCUCCGGGUCAUCCUGGACCUCACUCCCAACUACAGGGGCCAGCAGUCCUGGUUCCUUCCCAGUCAGAGUGCCACUGUGGCCACCAAGAUGAGGGACGCACUGCAGUUUUGGCUGCAGGCCGGCGUGGAUGGAGUCCAGAUUCGGGACGUGGAGAGUCUGGUGGACGCGCCAUCAUACUUGGCCGAGUGGCACAAUGUCACCAAGAACUUCAGUGAGGACAGGCUCCUGAUUGCAGGGACUGAGUUGUCUAGUCUUGAGGAGAUCCUGAGGCUGUUGGGAGUGAGCAGGGACCUGUUGUUGACCAGCUCGUACCUGUCAGCCUCCGGUUUCACUGGCAAGGAGACUGAAGAGCUGGUCACCCAGUAUCUGAACGCCACAGACAAUCGCUGGUGCAGCUGGAGUCUGUCUCAGGUGGGGCUCCUGGCUUCUGUUGUGCCAGCGCACCUGCUCCGACUCUACCACCUGCUGCUCUUCACCCUGCCGGGGACCCCGGUGUUCAGCUCCGGGGAUGAGAUCGGCAUGAAGGCAGCGGCCCUUCCCGGACAGCCAGCAAAGGCCCCAGUGAUGCUGUGGGGUGCAUCCAGCUCAGCCAACACCUCAGGGCCUGUGAGCUCCAACCUGACAGUGCAGGGCCAGAGUGGGGACCCCGAUUCCCUCCUGUCCCUGUUCCGGCGCCUGAGCGAUCUUCGGGGUAAGGAGCGCGCCCUGCUGCACGGAGACUUCCACGUCCUCUCCUCGGGGCCGGACCUCUUCUCCUACGUCCGCCAGUGGGACCAGAACAAGCGUUUCCUGGUUGUGCUCAACUUUGGGGAUGUCCCCCGAGCUGCCGGGUUGGGGGCGUCUGGCCUGCCUGCCAGCGUCAGCCUGCCUCCUGGGGCAGAGCUGCUGCUCAGCACUCAGCCAGGCGGAAAGGAAGGUGACCCUGUGGAGCUGCAGCACCUGAGCCUGAAUCCGCACGAGGGGCUGCUGCUCCAGUUCCCCUACGUGGCCUGACCGGGGCCCCAGCCCUUCCCCUCUGCUGCCCCGGACCUAGGGGAUCCAGUGUUUCUCUCUGUUGUUGUUGUUAUUAUUUUUACUUUACAGAUAACAGAUUAAUCCAGAAGGGUGUAUUGUGCUUUCAAAUAAAAGUCACCACUACCUGGUGUGGUCCCAUC